AUGGAGAUCAAAUCUGAUGAGGGGCAAGAAAAGGAGCAAAUCCCUCUCCUCACACCUUACAAAAUGGGGAAGUUUGAGCUUUCUCACAGAAUUGUUCUGGCACCACUGACUAGGCAGAGAUCCUAUGGCAAUGUGCCUCAGCCACAUGCUGUAUUGUAUUACAGUCAAAGAGCAUCAAAAGGUGGUUUCAUUUUGAGUGAAGCCACUGGAGUUUCUGAUACUGCACAAGGGUACCCAAAUACUCCUGGCAUAUGGACCAAGGAACAAGUUGAGGCAUGGAAGCCCAUUGUGGACGCAGUUCAUGCUAAAGGUGCAGUUUUCUUUUGUCAGAUUUGGCAUGUUGGCAGGGUGUCCAGCACAGAGUUUCAGCCAAAUGGACAGAGUCCAAUAUCAUCCACAGAUAAAGAACUAACUGCACAAAUUCGAGCCAAUGGCAUUGAUGUUGCCCAGUAUUCCCCUCCAAGACGGCUAAGAACAGACGAGAUCCCGCAAAUCGUCAAUGACUUCAGACUCGCCGCAAGAAAUGCUAUAGAAGCUGGUUUUGAUGGGGUAGAGAUCCAUGGGGCCCACGGCUACCUAAUCGACCAGUUUUUCAAAGACCAAGUCAAUGACCGUACGGACCAAUACGGAGGAUCCCUCGAGAACAGGUGUCGAUUUGCCCUCGAAAUAGCUGAGGCCGUGUCAGACGAGAUCGGGCCCGAACAAGUCGGGAUUAGGCUUUCCCCCUUCACCAACUUCAUGGAGUGUGGCGACUCGAACCCCAAUGCUCUCGGGCUUUACAUAGCUGGCGCCCUAAAUAGUUACGGGCUCCUUUACUGCCACAUGGUCGAGCCCAGAAUGCGAACCGCCGUGGAAAAAGAAGACAGCCCACACAGCCUUGUUCCAAUGAGGAAGGCCUUUAAGGGAACUUUUAUUGCAGCCGGCGGUUUUGACCGGGAGGAUGGUAAUAAGGCCGUGGCCGAAGAUCGUGCGGAUCUUGUUGCUUAUGGCCGCCUUUUUCUGGCCAAUCCAGAUUUGCCUAAAAGGUUCGAGCUCAAUGCUCCGCUUAAUAAAUAUAAUCGGGAGACAUUUUACAUGGCGGACCCGGUUAUCGGGUAUACAGAUUACCCGUUCCUUGAAGAAAUUGUGUGA